GCGCGGGUCUGGUCGGCGUCUCCUGUGCAGUGUCUCCGGGCGGCGCCGCGGGACCUCGAAGGGCCAUGGCAGCACCCCCUGUCAAAGGGAAAAGAAAACAGUCAGAGGAGGGCGAGGCCUUGGAGCCCCCUGCGUCCCCUCAGCCCGAUGGUGCGCAGAGCAGGAGCCAGAGCCCCAUCCAGAUGGAGGACGCCCCAGAGGCAGGCAGGGAGCGGGAGGAGGAGCAGGCCUUCCUGGUCAGCCUCUACAAGUUCAUGAAGGAGCGGCACACGCCCAUCGAGAGGGUGCCCCAUCUCGGCUUCAAGCAGAUUAACCUCUGGAAGAUCCACAAGGCGGUGGAGAAGCUGGGGGCCUACGAGCUGGUGACAGGCCGCCGCCUGUGGAAGAACGUGUACGAUGAGCUGGGGGGGAGCCCGGGCAGCACGAGUGCAGCCACGUGCACGCGCCGCCACUAUGAGAGGCUGGUCCUCCCGUAUGUCCGGCACCUGAAGGGAGAGGACGACAAGCCGUUGCCCCCCUCCAAGCCCARGAAACAGUACAAGGUGGCCAAGGAGCCCCGGGGGGAUGACGGGGCCACUGAGAGGCCAAAGAAGGCCAAGGAGGAGAGGCAGGUGGACCAGAUGGUGCCAGGAAAGACCGAGACGGGCACAGACCUGGCACAGCUGCCCAGCCAGGAUCCCCCKAAGGACAGCACAGAACAGCAGGGCCCCGUGCCCGGGCCCUCUCUGCCCCUUGUGGGUGCCGGCGGCUGCCCUGAGGCUUACAAGCGGCUCCUGUCCAGCUUCUGCAAAGGGACACAUGGCAUCAUGUCACCACUGGCCAAAAAGAAGCUCCUGGCCCACGUCAGCAAGGCAGAGGCCUUGCAGUGCCAGGAGGAGGGCUGUCUCCACGGAGCGGGUGGCCCCAGCAGGGAGCCCCUGGAGCGCCCCCGGAGCCCCGAGAGGCUGGCUGAGAGUUCCAGGCCCCMGCUGCCCCCUCAGGGACCGCAGGCCCUCGCUGGUACCCCCRGGGUGGAGGCCCAGGCGGGCCCCARCCCCCCAGCCCCCACCUUCACAGGCUGUUUCCGUGCCUGCCGCACUGAGGUGCUGAAGCCCGUCAGCCGGCACCCCCGGGACUUCUUCUCCAGCCUCAAGGACAGGGUGCUGUCGGAGCCUCCUGCCAAAGAAGAGGGGCCUUCGGCCAAAGAGCCCCCACUGCUGUGGGSCGGGGACGCCAGCCGUCCCUCUGCAUUCCAUAGAGGUGGCUCCAGGAAAAGCAGCUUCUACCCCAAGCCCAAAGCCUGCUGGGUGUCCCCCAUGGCCAAAGUCCCUGCUGAGAGCCCAGGGGCCCCACCCCUGCUCCCCGGCAGCCCAGGCCUGGGCAACAAGCGCACCUGGGAAGAAGAGGGCUUUGCCCACAGCAGCAAAAAACUGCGGGCAGUGUCUCCCUUCCUCAAGGAGACGGAUGCCAAGGAGGGCAGGACCAAGCCCACAGCACCUGGCCUGGCUGUCUCGUGCCUGCUGGGCCCAGGGCUGGGGCCUGCCCCGCUGGACGCCCACAGGGGCCCCAUGCUGCAGUGCCCACUCAACUUCGCCAGCACCUCAGACCCUUUAAAGGGCCAGGCUGCUCUCCCCUUCAGCCCCCUGGUCGUCCCUGCCUUCCCGGCCCACUUCCUGGCCACUGCAGGCCCUGCACCCAUGGCCGCUGGCCUGAUGCACUUCCCCCCCACCUCCUUUGACAGCACCCUCCGCCACAGACUUGGCCCRGCUUCAUCAGUCUGGCACGUGCCACCCAUCACAGCCUACGCAGCACCCCACUUCCUGCACCUCAACACCAAGCUGUAGGUCAGCCUGCAGUGAAGGCCGGUGGCUCUGCUGGGGCCUGGCCCAGGCAAAGGGGGAGACAAUGGGAACUGGCUUGUCUCAGGGAAGCAGCCCAAGGCCUUAGAAGGUUGGGGCAGGGUGGGCAGCUCCCUCUUGGCCCCCCAGAACAGAGCCCAGGAGCAGGGGAAGGGCUGAGGAGCUGGAUGGCAGACAGAAGCAUCCAGGUCUCCCACAGAAAGUCUAAUAAAAACCCCAAUGUGAUCGCUGCCAGCCCUAAGGUGUGUASAGUGGGACCUUUGCAAGGGUAGACAAGGUGGACACAGGCCUGUGGGUGGGACCACCCGUGCAGGAGCCACCCUGGGAUCUGGAGGCCACCAGUCCACUGAAGAGCAGGCCCACRGCAAAAGAUGUCCUCCUGAGCUCAUCCCAGCCAGCCCCAGGCCUUCCACCCACUUCCCUGACUGGGAAUCACAACAGGCAGGGGACGGGCUCUGGCAGGCCAGGACUGGGCCCCACAGUGCAGCCAGCCCUGGUCACUCCAGCAGGGGAGGACUUUGUUUCUUGCUGCCCCAGGCUGGUCUCUAACUCCUGGGCUCAGUGGGACUCCAAGGCUGCCCUCUGGUGCCUGCCGGGCACUGUUGAGCCAGUAAGCCUGGGCCCCAGGCUGGGCUGCCCUCAUGGCGGAUGCUUCACAAGGGCUCCUGGGAAGGCAGUGCUGCUGUGGGGCCAGGCCAGCAGGUGGCCUUGGGUCUGCACCACCAGAGCCCGUCCUGCCUGCUGGAGCCAUGGCUGUAGUGAGCUCCGGCUGCAGACUGGAGGGCACAGGWGGGGCAGCUGAUGACAGAACCAGGACACCAUGACAUGCCUGGCACUGGGAACUGGGUGGCCAGGGAAGGAGGCGGGUGCUUCCCAAGCAGGGUGGCCGUCACCACUGUUGUGGGUACUCAGACUCUGCAGGGGCACCUCCUGGAUCCUCACCUCUUUCCUAAGGGGCACCAAGAUGCCAGCUUAAUCAUGUGUGACCUGCCCAUAUUGUGUCCACGUGCUGCCAUCUUUCCAAGCCUGUGGACACCCAGUGGGUGACAAGGCAGAGGAACUGAGUCCUGCCUGGGAUGGGGAAGGAUCUGCAGGGUCCCCUUCACCUGCAGAGCAACACUGGCUUCACCUGGUACAGUGGUGGCCUUGUGGCCCAGGCAGCGCCUGGGUGCRGAUCUCAUCACCGUGGUCAUGGCGCCCUCUGGAGGCAGAUGUGGGGAAUGCGCUCCUAAGUGUCCAGAUGGAUACCCCUCUGGCAGGAGCUGGCAGGCUGCGGGGAGGUGGAAGACCAGCAAAUAAAUAAACACAGCGUCCGGAAAAGAUGCUUCCGAGGAAAAGGGCUGAUAGUGCUUGUGCAGUUUUGUUUGCUUUGAAACUUAAAAUAUGUUUGCCACUUAAGGCUUUCCUAAGGGUACAGUUCAYUGGCAUUGAAUGUGUAUUCACAGUGCUGGGCAGCUGUCACCGCCACCCAUUUCUGCACGCACACGUUCAAACAGAGGGACCAAGGAGGGUCCCGCUAGACUAUGGCAUUGAGCAGUGGUUGAGAGAGGGGACAGRGGGAGCUGUGUGGGUGGAGCUGGAGGAGAAGCAGAGAGAACAGGGAGCAUCCGGUUCCCAAGGUGGCAGCAGGUAAGUGGGUCCCGAGAGCUAAAAGGCCUGGGAAUUUGGAGCAGAGGGAGCAGGGCAUGACCCAGGCUAGGGAAAGAGUCUUUCAGGCCACUGGGGCAACCAGGCCUCUACCUGGAAUGAUUUUGUUUUGUAGCGCUGGGGUCCAGCCCAGGGGGGCCUCGUGCUGCAGGCCAUCCUCACCCAGGCCACACCAGCCCUGGUCUCCUGCUUUACCAAAGCCCCAUGGCUUCUGGGUCUUCUGGGUGGGGCUUGGUGCCCCGGGACAAGGGCAGAGGGGGAGCCCAUUCUCAAAGACAAGGGAAGGUGUCUGGGUCCAGGUCCCAGGUACCUGGGGCUGUGGACCCGUCUGGCCAGUGCUUCUGCUGGUCAGUGGGCAACUUGGCUUGGAAGGGGGUUUGGAGGAGAACCGUGAUCUCAGGAGCAGACAGUAGCUUGGAAGGCCCCAGGCUGCAUCUGAGACAGGUGACAUGAGUUUCAGUGGGACCAGGCCACCGGCUGGGUGCAAGCUUGGUGGGGGAGAGGGCAUCCCGGAGGUUGGGUGGUUGCGGGGAGCCGUGGUGCUGGAGGUCCAGGGCUGAAGCUCCCGAGGUGGAGCAGAGGGUGGGUAGUGGCACCGCAGACUGCAGUCUUAAACCCCAAUAACUGGGCACGCGAGGAGGGGGCUGGGGCGAUACAGGGCCAUGGAAAUGGCAGUCAGGAGUGUCCUCAGGGGUGCAUACAGAGGCAGCAGAGCCUGGAUGUGGGGAUCCUUGAAACUACCACAAAGUGGUACUGUGCAAGCGCAGUGGACCAACCCUAGGCCCACAGGGGACUAGGGUCCAUAGCAAGGGCACCAGGGCGGGCACAGUUGUCUGGCAGCAAGGGACUCCCCUCCUUGGGACAGGAUAUAGAAAUGACCCACACUAGCGGCGGGUGGUGGGAAGAGAUCUCCAGGGGAACACAGCCUCAGGCUACGUAGAAGGGCAGCCAGAGGCCUGCAGGUGAGAUUUCCGUGGAGUUGCUCUCAGACUGCAGGCUGCUCAUAGUGGCCUGAAGAUGUGUUUAAAUGUGUAUAUGGGAGGGCUGGG